UACUUUCCCCUUAACCUGUCGCCAUUUUGAAUUUACCUGUGGAUGCGAGAGGAAUGAGGAUUCGGUAAAGAGACGUUAAGACUUUGAAAAGAAAAAGAUGGAGUCCUUGCUCGGAAAUUGUCGCUUCUCAGGAAUGAUCUCAGCUCUUCUAGCUUCACUUCUUCUGAUCGUACUCAGUGGAAUAGACACAGUUUCGUCCCAAAUUCAGAUCAAAUUUGAUCCCCAGCGCGACUGCUACAACUACUACAAUCUAAAGAACGAGAAACUGUACGGUGACAGAUGUGCGCAAGACCAAAAAUGCUGUGGAACGUGUUACUACAGAUAUUGUUGUAAGGAAGAAUAUGCAAGUUCAAAAGUCAACCAACUCCUCUGCACUAACAAUGACGUCGAGGGAACGUAUGCCACUGAAAUGCCCCCGGGACUGGUGUAUUUGACAUACCAACAAAUCGCCGCCAUUAUCGCCACGGCAGUUGUCGGACUAGCUGUUAUUGUGACCUCGAUUGUGCUAGUUGUGAUGUGGCGGAAACGAUCCGGUUGUUUCAACAGAGCAAAACCUUAAAGAGCAUGCGCAGCUUAGCUAUGUGGCCUUUGACCUAACUUCGUGACCAUCAGGAAACUUCGUAGUGAAAACAAAAACAGCCAGUAGAGUCAGUGACUUCUAUACAUGUAUAAAUUAAUGUAAAUUUGUUUAUCCAGGUAGAUAUCUAAAUAACAAAGUUAAACUUUGUUGAAACUUACGGUAUUUUUAAGGAGAUUUUAUUACUUUUAUUAGAUCUUUUAUCCAGGGUUUACAAAGUUUAAAUUUGUUUUUUUCCUGUUCAUAAAUGUACAUUUGUAUCAAAAAGUAAUCACAAGAUAGCAAUAAGGAGAACAGUUUCAAAUUGCUUGAUUUUAGCAAAAUUGUCACUUGUAGGCCUUUGUAUUUGUGCACACUCUUUGGGUUUUGUUUAUUUGCUAUAUUUGUCGUGUUUUUUAUUGAUAUUUUUUGCUGUGUCCAAUAGCAAAGACAACAAACCCACCGACGAUUAGACCUCGAAUCAUUACAUUCCAAAGCAAAUAAUUUUCUCUUUAUACGUAAGGAUGUAAGGAAUAGUUUAAUUCAGAAAGCAGUGCAAAAUAUAAGAGCUUUUCUGUGCUUGAGAAAAACUUGUGCAUAGUUAUGUUAUAUAUUUUCGUACAGUUUGUCUUUUUUAAAAAGAAUUUGUUUAGGUUGGUUUAGGUGGCCAAAGAUUGCAACUUAAAAGAUGAUUUGAUCAAGCCACCAAUUUCGUUAAUCUCAGCACGUACAACCUGUAAACAAAACAUAAAAUUAUAACCUUUUACGCGACGUUUUGUACAAAAGGAAGUUAAUUGAUAUUAAAAACUGGUCAAUGAGCGUAUUCUGUGCUGCGCUCGGAAGUUUGAUAUGUAUAUACACCUUAAAAUGUAGUCGUGGUUCGUUUGCAUUUCAUUUGUUUGUUUUUAAGAUAACUUUUAUAUUUGCAAGAAUAAUGGUUAUAUAAUAAUCAUUCUUAUCUGUUUCGCACAGAAACGUAAUGAAAGUAGAUAAAGUGAAAGUAGAUAUAUUGUAGGCUGGCAAUACUGUUAUUAACCUUGUGUCAUCACCAGUGUUCUUGAAAUGUUUUUCAUCCAUCAAAUUUGCAGUCACGGUCAAUGUUUAAGGCCAAUUUAAUGGGCAUUUAAUAGGUUAUGAAACUGUAUAAAAUACGAUCUCUUAAAGACAGCUGUUUGAAAAAAUACUUUUGUGAUGCUGUAUUGGAAUCUGUUCAUUUCCAUUUAAGAUAUGAAAUUGUUUGCAUAAUAAUUUGCACAUUAUGUUUGGAGUAAUUAUGUUGCUGGACUAGAAUUAUUUUCAUUUUCCUGUGGAUUUUUUUUUAAAUAUAAUUUCAAAUUGGGCAAGAGGAAAUCUUUUCCUGUGACAUCUAAAGCCUGAAGUUAAAUUACUGUUUAUUUGAUAUGCCUAUUGCUUUUCAUGUUUUACAGUUUUCUUUUUACAUCCUGCUUAUUUUUUAGUGUCGAC